AUGCUGAUCCUCCUAUUCGUUCUGCUUCGAAAUGUCCAUUCCGAUACGGAUUCGGAUCGUACAUGUCAUAAAUCGGUGUUAUUCCAUCGUGUUGAUUCCAUUCUACCAUCCACAGGACUUUUUUGUGUGAUUCGUACCAACGAGGAUAGUCACAUUGGCAACGUGCCUAUUAUUCAAACUGAGGAGCAAUGGUCAGACUAUGUCGUGGAAAACCCGGGUCUGGAUUCAGGAAAGACUUCGCACACUUCUUCUCCGCCACUGCUGUUGGUGAAGAAAGAUGACACUGUGCUCGAAUUCCUGCUUCCCUCUUCGUUCAUGGGAUCUAAAUGUUCUGGAACACAACAAGUAGCGCUUGGCUUCUCGCAGUCAGUAUCAUGUUCGCCACCUUUCUAUCCUUUCAAUGAGACCGAAUGCUUGUCGAACGACUUCUUAUCUGCACAAACACUCUUCGAAUCACCUAUUAUAUCGUACAAUGGAAAUGUUAGCAUGGAAACAAAUUUUCAAUCCAAUUCAAGUUUUUUGCCAGUACAAUGGCAGAACAACCAAUGCAAGAACGUCAUUCAAGAGGUGUCAUUGACAAUUGCCAUGAACAAUACUCUCGUUAUGGAUGCAAAUGUGUCCUCUAUCCAAUACGUUACCGUCACUGCCUCAAAUUAUUCUACUUUCAAACAAACAUUUAACGUCAACUUCAAAAAUGUCUUGGAACAGACCGUUCAGGAGAAGAAAGAUGGCUUCGUUCAAGGACAGAUCAUUUACUCCAUAAAAGAUGAUGGAUCGUCCACACCUUUUUCGCUACCGAAAUCUGGUCCGUGCAGAAAGGAAAGUCAUGUUCCGGUCAAGUUCCUCGUUAACACCACAACAGCAUGUACAGUAAGAGCUUCGCGAUGUAACGAAAUACAAGAGAUGGUCCGAGACAUUCUUGAAGAGUUCGUCCCUGUUUGGAUCAGUAAUUCUCCUCUCACAGACUCGGCUAAUGACACUAAUGCACUUGUAAUUCGAAAAAAUUGGACAGACGAGACUAAACCAGACAUAGGUUGCCUCAUCACUACUGAGUUCACUAUUAAUGUUCAUUUUGCCAAACAAGGAACCAACGGCAAUCGGGUUAUAGUGUCCACGACGUAUAAUAUGUACAGUGAGAAGAUCACACUUGCAUCGGAAACAACGGUAGUGCUCCGCUUCGCUUUACACUUCAUUGAUGCAACACCACCUCCAUCUCUACUCUUCGCUGCUCUUCCUCAAAUCGACCUCCGUCUACCAAACGACUUCUUCUAUCCUUUCCUAACGAAAAGUCCUGUAAUAAAUGCACUAAUUUUCAUGGAAUUUGAUCCUACAGUAAUAUGCUGUGAGAGUAGAAAAUAUCGCAAUAGAUGCGAAAGAGUGGAUGGAAAAGAGGUGAAAUGUGAAUGGGCAGAUUAG